AAUAACAUACUUGUUCCUGCCUGGUUGUGGCCGAGCUAUAUGUCUCCUUGGAGGGUUGAACGUCCGACCUUGUUGGAGAACUUCAAUAUGCCUCGACCACCAAGUGAAACAAGGGGGGGGAGCACCUGCAAAAAGCACUCCGACGCUCAAGUCAGCUAAAGAGAAUUAUUUGAAGAGUUAUUUUAGCUUAGAACGAUGAUCUACCUUUUCAAUUUCAGCUGUUUCCUUUAUAACUCGGAGAUGAUGGCCGUUUAUUGACCGUUUCUGUGUAACCGAUCAUAGUGGUUUAAUGCCAUAAAGUCGGCAAAGUUAAUGUGCCGAUUAAAAAGGGAUUCGCCGAGCUAUAAUUCGUAACCGACGUAUAACGGUUGUAUCACAGCCCCCAAGCUUAGCCUGUGUUUUAAAUGAGGCAGGUUGAGCUUUUGAAAUUAAAUGGCCGAAUUAUAGCUCGGCGCAGGGAUGGAGCCCCCAGUUCAACUUGACUCAUUACUUUGUAACGUCAAUUAAUAUUAGUUAAAAAAGUAACUGCUAUGAUGGUAUAAAUGAAUGUCAACAGUUUUCAAUGCAAGGCUCAAGUUCCUAAGUAGGCUUGGAACCGUUGGAAGUGGGUCUUGGAUUGAUGGCCAUGAUUACGGCUUGGAAUUGAAAGGGUUUCAUUAAAUGAAUGGGAAAAGGAAAUUUUCUUUUCAGGUUCCGCUUACAGUUUGCUGUUUACACUUCAUCUUCCUUCAAAAACAAUGAGUAGAAGAGGUAAGUAACUGCAUUUUCUUAUUUGCUUCUUUCCUAAUUUCUGUAAAGAAAAAUGAGUGACAAAAAGGUGAAAGCUUUUCCUAAAGUAGAGGAUGAUGAUUUGUAUGAAUGGGUAGAUGAUGAUGUGAAGAUAAGGGCUUCUCUGUUCUUUGACAGAGAGAGUUUCGAGGGUCUGAAUAUGUCUAAGAUGGUCAGACCUGGUUUUCAUAUUGAGUUGUUGCCAUGCAACCGUACGGAUCGAAUUUUUCAUAGAAGUAAAGGUUUUGAAAACUUUUAUAUGUAUAGCUGUGUGCUUGAGGAAUUAUCUGUAAAACUUCCUUUUACUAAGUUUGAAUGCAAUUUGUUAACCCAAAUGAAUUGCGCACCUUCUCAAGUUCAUCCUAACGGAUGGGCAUUCAUUAAAUGUUUUCAAAUCCUAAUGGAGUUUUUGGAGAUUAAACCUGAUUUGGAACUUUUUUUCUCCCUGUUUCAAGCAAAGGGUGUAUGGAAAGGUCUCUGGAUUAACUUGAAUAGUACUCCUGGAUUUUCUGUUUUCAAACUAUAUAAAUCUUCUUUCAAAGAUUUUAAGGAAAUGUUCUUCAAGGUAAAGCCAGUAGAUGAAGAAUUUCCAUUCUAUUUAGAUGAACAUCUUGGGGAGAAGUUUCCCCUGUACUGGUGUUGUCAACCCAAUCAUAUCCUAGGGCCUGAACUAAUAACACCUCGGAAUGAAUGUAUUAUAAGUUUUUUGAUGGAAAUGGUUGACCGAGGUGGUUUAGUAUCGGUGUCGGAUUUGCUUCCUUGGGAAGAGGAUAAAGCAUCUGUUGUGCAAUACCUUGGCGGGAGGUUUCCUGGAGUUUCGGCUUCGAGCAUGAGGGCCCGGUUUAAAAUGAAAAAUUUUGAAGGGUCUUCUUCAAACGCCGAGAAGGUAGAGGGUGGAUGA